AAUGAGCAUGGUGUAUGUAGAUGUGACUUCAGUCAGCACAGGAAAGAAACUAGCGGUCACCAAGGGAGGAGCAAAAUGUUACCCAUUUUCAUCAGGUGCAUAAAGGGUACGUUUGCAAGCAUUUCCAGUUCAGAGAGAAAGGCAACGUAUGGCCUCUGUGGUCUCAGUUUCAAUGCGCAAGCCACACACACUCACACACACCCAACAUACACUCUUAACCCUAUGCCAGCCUCAGCAUGGGAACUCGCAGCCUUCAUGUACUCCCACCGCUCCCACCCUAUGAGAUUCCACACACUGGAAAAAGCACCAUUUACUAUGAUCACCCUGAGCCAGGAAAGAGGGAGUUAUUCCUCCCUGACACACCCAUGUGAGGCAAAGCAUCGUGUGGCUCCACCUCAGCCCCAGAGGUCUCUCCAUCUCUCUCUGCAUGCAGAAGGAAAUUUCACGCAGAGGGAGGAAACACCAUGGCGAAAGAUCCCCAGGAGAUCUCUGAGGAAUUCUACGUCCAAGAUGCACAAACACCUAAAGCUACGAAAGAACUCUGCAAAAGAUACAAGAUCUGUGGGGUGUUGCUUUGCAGCCUAGUGCUGUCUGUCAUCCUGACAUUUCUUGGGGUCUAUUAUUUUUGGAAUCCACCACCUAAAAAAAUCUAUGACAUGGAGCACACAUUUUUCAGUGAAGGAGAGAAGCAGAAGAUAUUGAUGAAGAUAGAUCCUCUAACCAGGACAGAGAUCUUUCAAACUGGAAAGGGCAACAAGGAGGUUCUGGAAAUACAUGACUUCAAAAAUGGAAUAACAGGCAUCUUUUUUGUGGGAGACCCAAAGUGCUUCAUCCGAAACCAGAUUAAAGGGAUUCCUGAAACAUCCAACGUGGACAUGGAGGAGCUGGAAGAUGAGGAAAUUACAGAUACCUAUUUCGAGCAGUCUGUAGUCUGGAUUCCAGGGGAGAAGCCUAUUGAAAAUAAAGAUUUCCUGAAAGGUUCCAAGAUCUUUGAGCUCUGCAAAAAUGUGACUGUGUACUGGAUCCACCCGACCUUAUUAAGAGAGCCAGAACUUCUUGACUUUGAAAAUGAAGGUCAGGAGGAGGUGGAAGACGAUCCGAUUCUGAGAGACAAGCAAGACUGGGCGAGACAUCAGGAGGAAAAGGAAGAGCAACACUUGGCUAAGGAUGUCAGACCAAGUACCAAACGUCAGGCCCGGCAGCUCACAGAAGAGGAUUUCCCUGUGAAUGAUUACUCACAGAACGGACUGGAGUUCCAUCCCCUGUGGGACGAGAGAGGAUAUUGCUGUGCCCAGUGCCGCCGUGCCCAUCGAUACUGCCAGAGGGUGUGUGAGCCUCUCCUAGGGUAUUACCCUUACCCUUACUGUUACCAAGGAGGGAGGGUCAUCUGCCGUGUAAUCAUGCCAUGCAACUGGUGGGUAGCACGGAUGCUGGGGCGAGUGUAAGCAUACCCAGCCCCACAAAAGAUAACUCCUGAUAUACUGCAGUGUCCAAGCGCCGCCCAGGGAAUUCCCUACGGGGUGCACUUAUGUACUACCAACACUGUAUCUUGUUCAGGGGUCCCCAAACUAUUGUCCAAGAGCUUCAUUCGGGUAGUCCAUGGCAUGACUGUAAAAAUACAAUUAAAAAUCAUACAGCAUUUGCAUCAUGCAACACAAUGGCUGCAACAGGCAGAAGAAUGAUUAGGGUAUCCACAAUAAUUUUCAAAGUUGUUCAUGGGGGUGGGGGGAGUUUGGGAAACACUGCUCUAGUUGCUAUUACUGCAGUUCAGUAGGCACCUC